GUGUUAAUUUAUCACGACCACGGGACGCAGCUUUGGCCGUGCGAGCGAGCGAGUUUGUCACUGCGGCGUCGUCAAGUCGGACCGAGAGUACUGGAAGAAGUGCCUCGCAAUCUGCUUGUUGUCCACGCCCGCUUAUUGUUGGCGAGUUAGUUAUUUUUCGGGAGCAGCUUUAGUGCAGAGUGACGGGAACGCUCAAAAUGUCAGCCUCGACGGAGUUUGUCAACUUUUGUCGCCUGCAGACAAACAACAGCUCGCCGGGCGUCGUUGGUGGUGGUGCCACUACUAUUCCAGUGCAGAUCCCUAAAAAUCCGGUGUCGGUGGCGAGGGCCCGCGCCAGGGCCCAUGCCCCCCUUGGAUACACUAACAGCCACCCGCUCACCAGGGGCCCCAGUUUUCAAGAGAACUCGGGCAUUUUGGCCCACCUCACGGUGGGCAGACACAGGAAAAUCUCACCGGGGGUGGUGCAGCCGGGCUCGCCGGGGAUCUUCCGGCGCAAGUCGUCGACGGGCGCUGAGUUGGCCUUUCCCGCGCCAAAGUCGCGCCCCCGCCCGAGCGUCGGCGACAUUCUAGCAACGAAAAUGGCGCAGUCGGGAGCUGGUGCGACCGGCCUUGGGUGGCCUAAUACCAAGGAAGACUACGAGCUGAAGGAAGUGAUCGGUGUCGGAGCAACGGCUGUGGUUCACGGGGCCUUCUGCAAGCCUCGCCAAGAAAAAUGUGCCAUAAAACGGAUAAAUUUGGAAAAAUGGAACACCAGCAUGGACGAACUUCUAAAAGAAAUUCAAGCAAUGUCUUCGUGCAACCACGAAAACGUGGUCACCUACUACACAAGUUUUGUGGUUCGCGAGGAGCUUUGGCUAGUUCUGCGACUUUUGGAGGGUGGCUCGUUGUUGGACAUAAUCAAGCACAAGAUGAAGGCUAGCAAUUGCAAGCACGGAGUGUUUGACGAGUCCACCAUCGCCACCGUCCUCAAAGAGGUUCUCAAGGGCCUCGAGUACUUCCACAGCAACGGACAGAUUCACAGAGAUGUCAAAGCCGGCAACAUCCUGCUCGGUGAAGACGGAACAGUCCAGAUCGCUGACUUCGGAGUCAGCGCCUGGUUGGCCACAGGUCGCGACCUUUCUCGACAGAAGGUGCGUCACACCUUCGUGGGCACCCCCUGCUGGAUGGCCCCUGAGGUGAUGGAGCAGGACCACGGCUAUGACUUCAAGGCCGACAUCUGGUCUUUCGGCAUCACGGCCAUUGAGAUGGCCACCGGCACUGCUCCCUAUCACAAAUACCCGCCCAUGAAAGUGCUCAUGCUCACCCUGCAAAACGAUCCGCCCACUCUGGACACCGGUGCUGAGGAGAAGGACCAGUACAAGGCGUACGGCAAGACCUUCCGGAAAAUGAUCAUUGAUUGUCUGCAAAAGGAUCCCUCAAAAAGACCUUCGGCAACAGAACUUCUGAAGCAUCCGUUUUUCAAAAAGUCUAAAGAUAGGAAAUUCCUGCAACAGACGCUAGUGGUCAUGGGGCCUAGUAUUGAAACCAGAUCACAAAAGGCUUCCAAACGACAGCCAGGAACAUCAGGUAGACUUCACAGAACCGUAACCGGAGAAUGGGUUUGGUCAGACGAUGAAGAGGCAGUUUCCUCUCAGGAGGAAUCUGACGAGGAAACUCACUCGCAGAAAGAAAAGCCGAUGAACCUUUUGUUGCACCAAGGAUCGUCGGGAAGUGAAGAAGAACUGGCCGAGAGCAAGGGUGACACUGUCGUCAAUAAUACUGCACCUGCGGUCGCCCAAAACAACAGCACCACCAGCUCCACCGGCUCUGGUCCUGUUCAACCUUCAGAAGGUCAAACCGUCACCAUCGCCCCUUCACCUAACAAUGCCUUGCCCAUCAACUUGGUACUUAGAAUGAGGAAUUCAAAAAGAGAGCUGAAUGACAUCCGAUUCGAGUUCGCAGUGGGUAAGGACAGUGCGGAAGGCAUAGCCUCGGAACUCGUCAGCGCGGGUCUGGUGGACGGCCAUGACAUGGUAGCGAUAGCGGCCAAUCUGCAAAAGCUAAUUGACCACACGUCCGCCAACAACAAGAACGUCACCUUCCCAUUAGUGAGUUACCAGAUGGCGCAGGCAAGUUCUGGAACAAAUCCGCUGGAGAUACCUGACGAGAAAACCUUGGUAGGAUUUGCGCAAAUCUCAAUCACCGACUAGCUAGAGCUGACCAACCAGGCACGUAGGAGGUUUCACUUAGCAAGUGGCACAAAAUUGAAAUGAGACGCGGCUGUAAAUUGGCAUAAAUUAUUGUACCGACUUUAUGUAGAAAUUUAAUGAAAAGAAAAAAAGGACGGCAGGCUUGAGCAGAACGAUUCGUUAGCGGUUAGAAGAGUAUUUAAUAACCUCCAAUAGACUUACUUAGUCUUUCCGAAUAGGAAGAAAUUUAAACGUUGAUUCGCCUCAAAAAAAGUAAAGUGACCAAAACAAGUGCACCUAUAAAGUCAAGGGUAUUUAUUGCUUAGAACACAGCUGAAAAUCAAAUUCAUCAAAAAAAUAUCUUUCAUAAAAGAGUUUAAAAAAUUGGUCCCUUUGUAAUGAAUAAGAAUCGCAAAAUGCUAAUUGUGUUGGCUGACGAGCCUCGCCCCGAAGUAGUGUUGGAUUGUAAAUAAGCGUAAUAAGUGAUAAUCAACGGUGCUGUAAUUUAGACUUAACGAAUCGAGAGAUAAGUCGUCCUUCCUGUCUUUAUGUUUCUGAUAUUAACAAUCGGUUUUCCUUCGACUUAUGUUAUUUCGGCAAAACCCCAAACUAGUAUUAAUAUAAUUAUUUUUCUUCAAAAUAAUUGCCAUAUUAGGUGUCACUUUUGUAGUUGAUUAUUUAUUGAAAUAUGUGAUUGCCGAAGCAUUAGAAAACAUCACACACAUUCUACUUUCCUCGUUUUAUGAUUUUCCUAGCUGCUCCUGUUUUUUUCCGGAAAAAUCCGGGUCAAAAGUGGAAUCAUCUGAGAUAAUUUUUGUCUAGCGAGGAAAUUGAUGCGUAUUCAGAGCAAUUCUAUAUUUUUAAAUGAGAAAAAUUGAAUGUUUUAUAAACUCAAUGGAAAAAGUCUCAAACCGUCAGCUAGUUGUAUACUAUGAUGAACGUUUUCUUAUCGCGCUGCUUUUCACGUUGAAAAUUGAAAUAUAUAAAUUGCUGGUUUUCUUUUUGAACUAGCCAAAAUUUUUAGUUGCUGUAUAGCUGUUAGAAAUUUGUCAUCAAAAAAGAAAAACUCGCCGAUUUUUCAGUGGAGGCGUCAAAACAUAUCGGUAGAGAAUCCAACGCUUUAAGUCUUAGGGAUUGCAUUUCCUGUUUGUAUUCAGGAUGAAGUUUUUAAUUCAUUUAUGUACUAUAUCAUGAUUUUGAAUUUAUAUUAUAUAUUUGUCGGCCGAGGAAAUUAUUUAAUUUGUUACCAUUCUUUUUGAGACAAACUCGUGAUUUUAAACGGCAUAUAUUUAAUUAAACAAUUAUACAGAGCUACUGUCGGACCGGAACUACUCGCGAUCCUAUUUAAGAAGUGUUACACUGGUUUCUAAAAAGAAUUAAAGAUUAUUUAAAUUGCAUUAUUAUUCUUGAUAAUAUUUGAGCGGUCACGUGGCUUAAUGAAAAAGAAGUUCCGAUUUUUAGAUAUUUAUGUCAUUGAUUGUGUAAUUAUUAUUAUUGUGUAACUUUAUUCAGAAUACAUUCUUUAUUAUUAUUAAUUGAAUAAAAUUGCAGAUCG